AUGUCUGAUACCGCUAUAUCGGAUAGUAAGGAUCAACAGCAACGUGCGACCGCCUCGGUCAAGUUGGACCAGCAAGAUCCACCACAAGCACAACAAGCGCAACAACAUCCGCCAAGUGGCAAUAGCAAGGCUGCGUCGACUCCCGAGGACCCAGGUGCUAACCCCCAGCAACAGGAUCCGGGCUACGCCGACCCCAACAAUGUUGGUCAUGGCAACCAAUAUGGGUACAACAAUUACCAAUAUACUCAAGGUUACGGAUCAAACUUCAACGGUAAUCCUCAUAACUACUACAACAAACAACACCAGUACAACGGUGGUGGCGGCGGUGGUGGUGCUGCUAAACAUUACUCGGGUAACAACAAUAGACAAGGUGGCAACCCCGGUGGAUCAAGAUUUAACAAUAACUCGAGCAAUAACGGCACCCCAAUUCAACCUCAUAGAAAACUGUAUAAUAACCAAAAGUUUCACCAUAAUCAACAACAGCAGCAACAGCAGGCUCAACAGCAGCAAGCGCAGCAACAGCAAGCUCAGCAGCAGCAACAGCAGGCUCAACAACAAGCACAGUACAUCAAUUAUGGAUACGCAGGAGCACCCCAGAUGUUCCAAUAUGGGUACUAUCCAUCUCCAAUGUACGUGCAGCCCUUGCAAUAUACUCCGGCACCAGCUUAUUCAACGCCUCCUCCACCUCCACAACAACAAGCUUCAACCGCAUCUACUCCUCAACUUCAACAUCAGCAGAUUCUAAACUCUCCAGUAAAUACCACCGCCACCGCCACCACCACUACUCCCAAAAUCAAGUUGACGACAAAAGAUGGUAAGCCUGUAGAUUUAGAAGAGAAAAAGAGGCAAACUGCAUCUUCAACUCCAAUUGCUUCUCCUCAUCCUAAAACAGUAACCCCUGCAACCACCACCACAUCGUCAACAAUUGGAGCAACAAAGGACACUUCAAACGAAACGCCGUCGUCUACUACCACCACUAAUUCUUCUUCUGCAAAAGAGGAAGUAAAAGAUCCAACUCCUGCGAAUAAACCAGCUGCUGGUGUUAGCUCUGCAGCAGAAGAAUUUAAACGAAGAAUUAGAGAAAGAGCUGCAGCUGCAGCUGCCAAGAAGAAACAGGAGGAAGACUUGAAAUUGGAAGAAGCCAAAAAGGCAGAAGAAGGAGAGAGUAAAGCAAGUGAAGAAGCUUCUACUGCUGAGACCAAAGAAGAACCUUCUGUUGUUGUUGUUGCUGCUGCUGCUGCUGCUUUGGAAAGCGAAAAAGAGCCCACUGCUCCAGUAACCAAAGAGGAAGAACCAAAAGUGGAAAAGGAAGAACAAAAGGAAGAACAAAAGGAAGAACAAAAGGAAAAAGAACCUGCUACGGAAAGUCAAGCAGAACCUGUGAAGGAAGCAAAAGAACCCAAGGAGGACGAGAAGGCUCCAGUAGAAGCAAAAGAAGAAGCAAAAGAAGAAGCAAUAGAAGAAGCAAUAGAAGAAGCAAAAGAAGAAGUGGAUGUUUCUGCUAAAGAGCAAACUGUUCCUGCUGCUGUUCCUGCUGCUGCUGCUGCUGCUCCAGAAUCAAAAGAGAAGGAGAAAGAACCCGUUUCUGAGGAAGCUGCAUCUGAAUCAACUGCAUCACAAACUAAAGAAGAGCCAGCCACAGUACCAGCAAAAGAAGAAACCGAGGAGGAAACCACCCCAAAGCCAGAAUCACAAGAAACUGAACUGGAAGAUACUUCACUGGCCGCAGAAGAGUCCAAGCCCGAACCAGCAGCAGUAGCACCCGCAGCACCCGAAUUAAACAUCUCCCAAUUCUUGGAAAGAAUCGCCAAAGCUUCAGCGAUUGCAGACAUUUUCGAUGUAGCUUAUCCUGAAAACAUUAAUGGUGUUGACAAGACCAAGCAACUCGCAAGCAAGAAAUAUAGAUACGAUCCUCAGUUUUUGGUUCAAUUCCGCGAGGUUGUGAACUACCCCAUCGAUGCCGACUUUAAAGCACGCUACGAAUUUUUGGAAGUUGGCAACCAACAAAGAUUGGCACGUUCGGGUUCAGCACGAGAAGGAUCUAUGCGUGGGCCAGGAGCAGGUGCAAGACAAACCAGUGGAUUGCCAUCACGGUAUAAUGGUCCGCUGGGUGCUAAGCCAGGCAUGGGAGUAUUGGGCAAUCAAUAUGACAGCAGCAGGCAGAAUUCAAGAAGCGGGUCCAAGAGAAGAGGCGUUUCCACGAGAGAGAAAUCUACUAGAAAAGGCGGUCCGCCAACCAAACGUGGUGGAAGAGGACCAGAGGCACGCGAAAAAACCGACGAGGAGUUGGCCAAGGAAGUUAAACAACCUGUGGAAGAGGUUAAGCCAUUGGAAAAGAGCGCGAAUAGAUGGAUCCCCAAAUCGAGACUUAAGAAGACCGAAGUACGCUAUGCCGAGGAUGGUAGUGUCAUUUUAGAAAAGGAUGAAGUUGAGAAAAAAGUCAAGUCCUUGUUGAACAAAUUGACAUUGGAAAUGUUCACCGAAAUCACCGAUGAGAUGUUGGACAUUACAAAACAAUCCAAGUGGGAAGAAGACGCGCUGACUAUCAAGCAAACCAUUUCGUUGACCUUCCAAAAAGCGUGCGACGAACCCCAUUGGUCGGAGAUGUAUGCUAAAUUCUGCGCCAAGAUGACCCAAAACAUCUUACCUGAAAUCACCGACAAGACCAGCACUACUAAAGAGGGCAUUAACCCGUCGGGUGGUACCUUGGCACGUAGGGUCUUGUUGACUACAUGUCAAGAAGAGUAUGAAAAAGGUUGGGUUGACAAGUUACCUACAAACCCAGACGGUUCACCAUUGGAGCCCGAAAUGAUGAGUGAUGAAUACUACGCCAUGGCCGCGGCAAAGAGAAGGGGUUUGGGAUUGGUCAAGUUUAUUGGUCACUUGUACAACUUGAACAUGUUGAACAACCAAGUCAUCUUUAUGUGUCUUAGGGAACAAUGCAGAAACACCGAGGACCCAUCCGAAGACACGUUGGAGAACUUGGCCCAGUUGAUCAAGACGGUGGGACCUAAGUUGGACGCUAAUGAAAGCACAAAGACGGUGUUGAAGAUGGUUUUCGACAACAUUGGCAAGAUUUUAGAAAACGUCGAGUUGUCUUCAAGAAUCAAGUUCAUGUUGAUGGACUUGCAAGACUUGAGAAGAGCGAAGUGGAGCAGUGGCAAGACCGAUGCUAAACCAACGACUAUCGAAGCCAUCCAUCGUGAUGCUGAAAUGAUGAGGUUAAUGCAGGAAAAAGACAAGAAACAAAAGAGGUAUGGCUCAGCACCGCAACAACACCACCAACAAUAUCAACAACAUCACCAACAACUGCAACAUCAACAACAACAACAGCUGCAACAACAGCAACUGCAUUAUGGAGAACGAAAUGCACCAUCAAGACAAGAUUCAUAUGGAAAUUUCUCAAACGCGGGUGGAUACUUUAAGAAAUCACCUAGCUACAGAUCCAGUUCCAGUAGAGCAGUCAGCAAUAGCAACGAGCGCGGAAGCUCGGGCAACCAGUCCACUACCACCUUGGGAAGCAGUGGGUCGCUCACUUCAUCUCAAAGCGCUGCUGACCUCCAGAGAGACUCAUCGAAAAGAUCAGAGGUGCAGCAACAAGUCAACAGGUUUGCUGCUCUAGAUAACGAUAACGACGACGACGAGGAAGAAGAAGAUGAUGACGAGGAGGAGGAAGAGGAAGAUGAUGACGAUGGUCAUGACGAUGAGGAGGAAAAUGGAGAUGGAGAGGCGCAAGAGGACACUGGUGCUGCAGAGUGA